UAUCCCACACCGGCCGUUGAUCCAGAUCCCAAUCCACAAGAUAGAAAACCCGGAACUCUUCCCCUUGAUGUUGAGUUAGACGUGGCGUCAAAGGAUCUUCUUAUGAGAUUGUUGGAAUUUGAACCUCACAAAAGACUCAAAUCACUACGAACACUAGAAACCAUAGCAUUUUAUAAGGGAUAUAGUUUCAAAGAUGUUCGGGAGAAAAAGAUAAAACCUAAUGAUUUAUUGAAGAAGUUCUAUCCAAAUGGCCCACCUAUUUGCCUCUCAAGUUGCAGUUCCGAAGGAUCGGAAACAUUUGGUCCCAUGAAUAUAUGACUCGAAAAAAAAAAUGACAUUAAUAAGUUGAAUCAUUUCAUUCGUAUCAUAAAUGAAUGGUAUUUUGGAACAGAUCUGAGAUAAAUAUAACUACUUUCCAAUUCAGUUGUCAAACGGCUUGGCACAAAAAAACACUGACAAUGGGGAAUUUUCCUCAAUUUGGGUUAUUACAGCAAAGGCAAGUUUGAACAAAAUAAAGUUGAGUUUAAUUCAUGAGUUGUUCAA